CGGCACGAGCGCAAGUCUGCAACCUGGCCCGGUCUCCCCCACUCCCAGUCAAAGAGUUGGCGGCAGUCCAGUGGCAUCUCCGUCCUCGUUCUCUGGCGUUUGAAAACAGAAAACGGGACCGGUCCCUCCCAUUCUUCGUGCUCCUCCUUCUUCACUGUGGCUUCUUUCCGGCGGUCAUGGCUUUCGCCAGGUUGCAGGCCUUCCGGAUCCUCCGGCGUGGCUUCCAGGAGAGCGAGGUUUCCUCCUUGUUUUGUGUGUCUGGAAGAUAUUUGAGCAGUGGAACAGUGGCGUCAGUCAAGAAUGGAUAUUCUCGAUCAAAAAUCUUCAGUUCAGACAUCACAAAUGUUAGGUUUCGCUUACCGAAGCUUAUUAGCAAGUCCAGUUAAGGAUGGCCACGAACGUGAUGGAGAAAACGUCAAGCUACUCCAAUCUAUUGUGGUUGGUGGCUUUGCUGUGAAUGGCUUUAGGUUUAUGAGCACACAAGUGAAAGCACCACCUCAAAUUAGGCAAACAGGUGCUAUGAAAGUGGCUCUUUUGAGCCCUGGAUUUGUAUACGAGCCAUAUAAGCCUCGUGAACCCAUUUCAUUUUGGCGAAGGUGGUUUACAAGGCGUGGAUGGAAAAGAACAAAAGAGGACUGUAUCUUGGAGUUGAAAAAUGCAUAUGCAGUUGCCAAGUUGAGGAAGCUAGCUGGAUACUCAAGACAACAAUUCUAUAAGGAAGCAUUGCAAUUAUACAAGGAGAUUAACUCUCUCAUGGCAAAAGGUGACAAAACAUCUUUAAGGAAGGCAGUCACAGAAAAUAUGUAUUCUAUUCUCAAACAUGAGAUAAAGCAAAGGGAAUCUAUGUGGCCUUCUGUUUACUGGGAGUUGGUUGAACCAGCAGUCAAAAUAAGGACAUUGCGAGCUCGAAUGAUUGCUGUUGAUAAAAAUGAUCUCGAUAAGGCAUUUGUACAGCUUACCCUUGAUUUUCUCACCAAGCAGAAGUUUGAAGCAUAUAAUUCAGCUGGCAGCGUUGUGUCUGGAGAUAAAACAAAGGAAGUAUUGGUGCAUGACAUUUGGGUGUUCGAGAGAUCUCUUUUUCACCCUGGAUCAUACUGGCGCCUUUGUGGGAGGAUAUCCUUGUAGACUGUGCCUUGGAGGAAAUGGAAGUGUUGAUCACUUCCACGUGGAGGCAGAUAAGACUGCAUUUUUGUGGAGUGCGGCUAAGCUUCUGCAUGUGUUCCUGGAAAGAGAUGCGAAGUUCUUAACCUGUUCCCUUCCACGGUUAUUGGCACAUGUAGGGAUACUAUGCAUGAAGAGGCAUUACGGGUGUACUUUAAUUCAUUACGUUGCAGAAUAAACUGUUUUAAUUUGUACAAAUAAGCAAAUACUGGAAGGUCUUCUAGGGGUGAAAGCUCAUCUUCGGGUAUUUGGAAAGAAAGUAUAAACUAACCUCACAGUACUUGUCUUUUGUUUUCUAAGUUCUGAUGGAUGAGGGAUAUUUCUGUUUCUACCUCAAUAA